AUGUCUGAUUUAUUGUUUGGUCGCGGUCAAAUCGUUUAUAAAUCACGUCAUGCGCUAACGUACCUUUUCAAUAUCUUCACUUUCGUCGGAACAAAUCCGCUUGGUGGACAGUCAUAUGCCUAUUAUUCUCUUUAUUAUCUCUAUUCAUUGCUGGUAAACUUUGUUUGCUGCAUCUUUUGUCCCAUCUCAUUUCACAUUGGCUACAUAAAGCUGCUGAAUGUGCUGAACACCAAUGAAUUACUCUCGGCCAUACAAAAUGCCAUACAAGUGUCGGGCAUCCCAAUAAAAAUCAUUGUCAUAGCAUGGUAUAUGAAACGUCUGCAAAGUGUUUGUGAAAUACUGGAUAAAUUAGAUGAGAAUUACAAGCGUGCCGAAGAUCUAAACAGUAUACGGCGGUGCGUGCGAUCCUGUUGUAAAAUAAUCGCAGCAUUUUGUGUGCCCUACUACGGUUUUGAGUUGUCUACCAUUGCAUUCGGGGUGUACCAAAAUCGGGCACCUCUGACUAUUUGGCUGCCAUACUUUGAUGCUACACGUACCACUUGGGAGUACUGGACUCACGUUGGCUGGGAUGUAUUCAUUAUGCUUUUUCUACUAGCUCAUCAAUUAGGCAGUGAUACAUAUCCGCCGGUAUUUAUUUCUGUUAUACGUCUGCACAUGCAAUUGUUGGUGGAACGUGUAAAACGUUUGGGUACGAAUAAGGCUUUGUGCAGAGAGAAAAGAUAUGCUGAGCUUUUGGUCUGUAUUAACACAUAUGGUCAGAUUUUAAGCAUUGCGAACAUUGUUGCGCCUGUUAUUUCCAUCACACUCUUUACCCAGUUCGCCACCACAGCCACCACGGUGUUGAAUUGGUUCGGCAACAUGAAAUUUCCAGAUAACAUCAUACCCAUGGCAUUCUUCAGUUGUCAAAUUAUGCAAAUUUUGCCAUGUUGCUAUUAUGCCUCUCAGCUGAUUGCCGACUGGUGUUUUUUAAUGACACAUCACUCGCUGCGUCCAAUAUUCGAGCAACAUUAUCGCCCAGCAGUAGGUUCGGUAAUUCGAGCGACCAUAGAUCAGCUCUACACCGUGCUUACUCUAUUGGAUAAUGCGCGUCCUCCCUCAGCAGUUAUCGCUACUGUGGAGCAGAAUAUCAAAGAAAACCCAAAUGAGUACAUUCACUAUAGAGAAGCACAAUUGGAGCCAUGUUCAUCUACUUUUUGUAAGAUUUUGCUGAAGAAUCUUGGCUUGCGGACUUACAAAACUCAACUAGUGCAAGAAUCGAAACAGAACGACCAGCUAGAGCGUUGUACGUCCGCUAAAUAA